CUUAUAUUAUCUCUUCUCUAACAAAGCCGGAAUAUAAUCAAGAUACCGAAUUAGAAUUUAAAUUACUGCCGCAGAUCUUUGGAUGGUCUAGUUCCGCGUCCGUAUCAAGAAUUCCUCAGGUGAUUAAAAAUUAUAAAUUACAAUCGACUGAAGGACUAUCUUUGGGCAUGUUUUGUUACUGCGCAUUAGGCAAUAUCACUUAUCUUCUUUCGAUCAUUACUUACUCUGUGGAAUUUAAAUACCUGCUUGUUAAUCUUCCUUGGUUAGUUUCAUGUAGUAAUAUUUUAAUUUUCGACUUUAUG